AUGCUCUGUUCAACUUACGCCAACAAGAACCAGGAAAGUGAACAAAGGUGUGAUCUUGUGAUAUUUGCUGGGAAAAAGAGCGAGAAAAUAGCUUCAGGGCUGCUUGAACCUUUCAUCCCCCGUCAUGUCCUUGCCGCCGGCGUUAGCAUCGAGAUCCUCAAGGCUGUCGGAGAGCCUUCGAGGGGUGGCUCCCGCCAUGUCCUCUACCGCCGAGCUCGAACUCCUUCUGCAUGGACGAGGAACAAAUGGCGUUUUUGGAUUGUACAGUAUUUGCGGUUACAACUCGAAGGAAUGAUGGGUCCCGAUGAAGGAUGGGUCAAGCAAGUGCAUGGUAAAAAGGACGGGCUUCAUGAGUGGUUACAGGGGCCCGGCCAUUUGUGCGCCGUCGUGUCUUCCCUGAAUGUUUGCCUCCUCAGUCCACGGGCCCGCAAGACGGUUAAUUGUUAA